AUGGCCGACGGGGGCAGUCUACAUAACGUCCCCAUAGUGCUAGACAACGGAAGUGGCACGAUUCGCGCUGGCUUUGCUGGAACCGAUUUGCCAGCUGCCUACUUUCCUUCAUAUGUCGGCCGUCCGAAGCAUGUUCGUGCCCUUGCCGGGGCCCUUGAAGGAGAUGUCUUCAUCGGACCAAAAGCGCAGGAAUUACGUGGCUUGUUGAAAAUCAGAUACCCCCUUGAGCAUGGAGUUGUCACCGACUGGGAUGAUAUGGAAAAGAUAUGGACCUACGUUUAUGACCAGGAGCUAAAGACUUUGAGCGAAGAGCAUCCUGUCCUGCUCACCGAACCACCCCUGAACCCCAGACAAAAUCGAGACAUGGCCGCCCAAAUCUUGUUCGAGCAAUUCAAUGUGCCUGCCGUGUACAUGUCCAUCCAAGCAGUCCUCAGCCUGUACGCCAGUGGUCGAACUACAGGCAUCGUGCUCGACAGUGGCGAUGGGGUCAGUCAUGCGGUCCCUGUCUACGAGGGAUUCGCCAUUCCAAGUAGUAUACGAAGGAUUGAUGUUGCAGGAAGAGACAUCACCGAACACAUGCAGCUGCUGCUUAGGAAGAAUGGGCAUGUCUUCCACACUAGUGCCGAGAAGGAAAUAGUGAGGAUCAUGAAAGAGAAAACGGCGUACGUGGCAUUGGAUCCACGGAAAGAGGAGAAGGACUGGUCCCAAGGGAUCUGGAAGAAUGAAAAACGAGAUAUUGAAUACCCGCUGCCCGACGGGAGGAAAAUCAAACUUGGAGCAGAACGGUUCCGAGCCCCAGAAAUCUUGUUCGAGCCCGAACUGAUCGGGUUGGAGUAUCAGGGGGUCCAUCAGAUGGUGGUUGAUGCGAUCAGCCGCACAGACAUGGAUCUGCGAAAGAACCUCUUUGGCAAUGUUGUCCUGAGCGGUGGUACGACGCUAUGUAAAGGCUUUCCAGACCGACUCCUGUAUGAAAUGCAGAGAUUGGCCGUCAAGGACAUGCGCAUCAAGAUAUUCGCACCUCCCGAGCGCAAAUACAGUACCUGGAUUGGCGGAAGCAUUCUCGCGGGCUUGAGCACAUUCCGAAAGAUGUGGGUGAGCAUUGACGACUGGCAUGAGAAUCCGGACAUCAUCCACAGUAAAUUCACCUGA